AACCACAUCGUGACAGGGUUGCAUUGCCAUGCGGGACUAUAAGAAGUGUGAGUGUCCUACAGGAAGGCACCAUCCAAUCCAGAUUCUCCUGCGAUACAGGUCUUCUCCACUCAGCAGCCAUGAAAUUCUCCCUCAUCGCAGCCGUCGUCGUGCUUGCUCUGGCACAAGGAAGCUUUGCACAAGAUGCUGCUGAUCUUGAAAGGCUCGGUCAGUAUUUUGAGGAGAUGAAGAACAAAAUGACUGUGGAGCUGACCGAGAUCCUCCGCAACCAGGACCUGGCAAACCAGGCUCAGACCUUCAUGGCAGACAAGAAAACCCAGCUGGAGCCCCUGGCUGCUCAGAUCCAGGAGCAGCUGAAGACUGUUGCCACCAGCGUCGAGGAGCAGGUCAAGCCCCUGGCUGCCAACGUGCAGGCUCAGAUCCAGCCCAUGGUGGAUAACUUCCAGAAGCAGGUGGAGGCCAUCUUUCAGAGGCUGACAGAGCAGGUCAGGGCUGUUGGCAACUAAGCUUGUACUUUCCAAAAGAUGCAAAAGUGCCUCCUCGCCACCAUCUUCUCUUUCCUGGACUGAGUUAAUGGAGCUGCUUGCAUUUAAUGGCUGGCCUGAACGUGCAGGCAGAAGUACAACAGCUCAAGAUGUGUUUUAGUGAUUGUUUUCAUUGACAUUGUCAUCUCUCUGUCCCUAGGCACAAUUAAAACUUGUAACACAA